CCGUUAGAGAGUGUGUAAUGUCUAAUUUGGAAAAUGGAAAAAAAUACCAAAAAGACUUACUUCACAGUGAAACAGACGAUGAAAGAAUAAACCAUGAUGUUGUGGAGAAAAAUGAAGCUCAAAUAAAUUUAUGUGACAAACCGAAACAAAUAGGGUACGGAUGCCGACAUCAGCAGGCUGCUCUUCUGUUCGUCUGUCUGACGGUAGCUUACAGCAUGCGGACAUGCAUGGGAGUAGCUCUGGUGGCUAUGGUGCAUAAUCGCCAUGAUACAAAUUCAGAUAUACCUAAUUCUACGAAUAUUCAAGAAAAUAAUCAAACGGAAAUUGGAAGUGUUGGACUUCUUAAUGGAAUUUUGUUUAAUGAACCAUACCCAACAUUUCGAUGGAACAAAACAACCCAGGACUACAUGUUAGCUGCAUUCUCGCUGGGAUACAUGAUUUUACAGAUACCAGCAGGUCAGAUAGCUCACCGGUAUGGUACCAGGUAUCUUCUUACCGGCGCGCUGGUAAUAAAUGGGGUGGUAUCAUUUUGCACCCCGUGGGCGGCGUAUUAUGGAAGUUGGGUAUUCGUCGUGAUUUUACGAAUGAUUCAAGGCCUUAGUCAGUCUUGUUUCAUACCAGGCAUGCACACGGCAUUUGGAAAAUGGGCGCCUUUGGAGGAACGCGGCAGACUGUCGGCAUUUGCAUAUGGAGGACAAGCACUAGGAACAGUCUUGGGGCUACCAAUAACAGGCUUUAUCGCAGCUUCGCCACUCGGCUGGCCCGGGAUUUUCCGUUUCUACGGGUUUCUUUCACUGUUCGUCGGGGCUGUUCUGUGGUUCUUCGGAGCGGAUUCACCAGCACAGCACCCACGAAUAUCUGUGGCUGAGAGGCGGUACAUCGAAGAGGCUUUAGGACAGACUGGGAGCAAGGGAAAACACCUUAAAGUCCCAUGGAAGAAGCUGCUUCGCUGCAAGGCGCUAUACGCUAUCGUGGUAGCCCAUAUAGGUCAAACCUGGGGUCAGUUGACGUUGUACACGGAGGUCCCCGCUUUUAUGGACAAAGUAAUGAGGGUCAAUAUAAAAGCUAAUGGCCUACUAACAGCAUUACCUUUCUUGGUGAUGUGGUUUACCAAUUUCUUUUUCAGUUGGUUUACCGAUAUGCUUAUUGUGAAAAAGUGGUUAAGUGUAACCAAUACUAGAAAGUUAGCGCAUUCGUUAGGUUGUAUACCAGCGGCGGUCGGGCUUAUCUCGUUGGCAUACGUUAAGAAGGAUAUUUUUGUCGUAGAAACUAUUCUAGUCCUGACGUGCGCUUUCAAGAUUGCCGCUCAUUUGGGAUGGCAUGUAAACCACAUUGACUUAGCUCCAAACUUUGCUGGCACAAUGAUGAGUAUUAGCAACGCCGUAUCAAACUUGUUCGGGUCCCUGGCUCCUGUAGUUGCUGGGUUCUUACUGGCCGAGGACGUUACGAGUGAAUAUCUUUGGAGGAAAGUGUUUUUGGUGGCGGCAGGGUUUUAUAUUAUUACUGAUUUAGUAUAUAUCGCUAUUGGGUCAGCCGAACUACAGGAAUGGAAUACCCCCAAAGAAGAUACGAAAGGAAAUAUUGCAAACGGCGAGAAAAAACCAAUGUUAUAGAAAC